AUGACGGUCCACAUCUUCGAAACAGCCGGCCAGUUCAAGGAGGCCGUCGCCGCCCACCCCGUCGUCGUCGUCGACGCCUUCGCUACCUGGUGUGGCCCGUGCAAGGCCAUCGCGCCCCAGAUCGCAAAGUGGGCCGAGGACCCCGAGUUCAAGGACAAGAUCUACUUUUGCAAGUUCGACGUCGACCACCUCCCCGAACUCGCUCAGGAGCUCGGCAUCCGCGCCAUGCCCACCUUCAUCUUCUACAAGGACGGCGACCGCGUCGACGAGCUCAUGGGCGCCAACCCCCCCGCGCUACUGAACCUGCUUAGGAAGUACCUCGGUGGGAGCGGUGCUGGUGCUAGCAGUGGUGGGGAGCACCCUGAGCCUCCUUCGCUUUAA